AUGCCAGCGACUCCUAUGCCUUGGGACCCUCCCGAGCAUGAUCCCACCACGAUAGAUAACGAUGGGACAUUUGUGACUAGAUAUGACGCGCGGAAGACUCUGGCAUACGUGACAGAAGACACCAACAAUGUUAACAAUGUCUUUAUGCUCUACUGGAUCACCACCAAAUGCGGCAAGAAAUACCACCUGACAAGCAACGCAGGCUUGCGAGGAUCCCAACUUCUUGGAACAUUCAUUUCUCUCAACGACCUCCAGGAUCUUACUUCCCGAGGAGCCUCCAUUCUUCAUCCUGGCUCUGGAAACCCCAAGCGCCUGGAGCUAAAGAGCGCCACACAGAACAUCACUAGUCCCGAGGACGGUGAUCAAUGGACCAAUACCCAUCUCGAUCUCGAUUUUGUUGGAAUUAAAUUGGACGUCACUCUGCGGCCUACCGGCGGUAAUUUCUACUACGGCGGCGGCGGCGGAAUACAGCUUGUCAACCGGGGACCAGACCCUGAUGGCUCUACCUCACUGCCCGGAUGGUCUUGGUAUUGGGCCAACCCUACAACCCGGCUGACAGGCAAGCUUGUUAUUGACGAAAAUGAAAUGGAGAUUGAUACUAAACAGUCAUAUGCCUUAUUCGAAAGGCAAUGGGGUAACUUCCAUAUUGGCAAAGGCUAUUAUGCCCUUUGGUUUUAUCUCGAAACUGGAGAAGUUCUUAUCUCGUGGUGUAUGGAGCCUACUCCUGAUGGCGUGUCCAAGAUCGCUUUUGCCUCUGUCUGGCAUCCAAAUGGCCGGCAUGAAAUGCUGCCAGUUGGCCCCAAGAGCCGGGCUUCCGAUAUAAGCGUCAGCCACCGAACAGGCUUGAAGUACUUCAACAGUUUCUUCUUGGAUCUGCCUUGUCGAAACGCCCACUUUACGUUUGAAAAGUGGGUUCGUGAUGGUGAGUUAAUUCCGGCCUUGGAAGAGCAGCGCGACAAGUACAUUACAAUCUCAGAGUCGUAUGGUGAAGGAACUGGGAUGUGGGAUGAGAAACAAGUUUUGAUCCAGGGUCACGUAGAGCAGCUGUCUAUGAUGAGAUAG